CGACUUUCGAUCUCUUUAUUCCAUGCAUUGAGUUUAAUUUCAUAAGUGUACUUGCAUAUCAAUGGUUAUAAGGGGUUAAAUUAAUUUUUUGAAAUUAUUGUUUAAUGAAUUGAUAUGCCCUAGUUGUCUAUUAGAACUGGUGGUGUUAGACGUGCUUCCUGGCCCCGAUUUCGUGUGACGUCUUGCGCUGGUGGUGUAGUGAGGUGUAGUGUCAUGCAAGUAGG